UACCUUCUGGUCUCCUCCUCACUCUCUCUCUCUCUCUCUACAAUCCCCUGUUUUUCCUUUCUUCAAAGAACGAAACUCACCAAUACCCUUCUCAUCUCUAUCCCCUCUCUUUUUCUCUUAACUUAGCCCUAACCUUUUUCUUUUUUCUUUAUCGCUUUUUUGGUUUUCCAGUUAGUAAACAAUCAAUUCCAGAUUCUUUUCUAUUCAAUUCGUACCCAUCUAAAGAAACCACGCAGAGACACAACAAUAAAUAUAUAACAAUAUGCAAUAUGAUUCAAAUCCCCAAUCAAAGACUUAUCCAUUAGUCUAAAACAAGAGAAGAACAAAACUCAGAAAGCUUUCCUUCAAUCUGAUCCCUAUAUAUAUGGCAAACGGAAAAGAUAACAACAAGGAUAUGCUUGUGGCGGAAGUCCGGCCAGGUCUAAAACGGGAGUUUGCUUUUGCGUUUAAGGCCCUCUCCGAAAUUUCCCGGUCAUUGGGUCGGACCCGAGCUAGCCGAACUCGGAGUGGUGGGGGCUGCGUCUCUCCUGCCAGUAAUAAUAAGAAGAAGAGAUUGAAGGGUAAGAAAGACCAAAAGGCGAGGGAUUUGGAGGAGAAAGAGGAAGAGAAUGUUAGCGAUGUGGUGGAAUUGGGGAGUGGAGAUGAGGAGGCAACGAUUGGUGGUUUGAUUGAAUCAGUUUCUGUUUCGGAUACAGAAAUCAAUGGUGGAAAUAAUGGAGAGAUUGUGGAAGUGAAGGAGAAUGGAGCGGGUUCAAUGUGUUUAGAGGAGACAGAAAAGAGAAAUGAACAUGAGGAGGUAUUAAAGAAUGAUCAAUGUGAAGAAAGGAGAAGUAGGUCGUUGCCUUAUUCUAUGAAAGUUGAGGAUGAGAGCAAGAAUGAGAGUGAUAGGACAUGUGAGGAAAUAGUUAGUGGCUCGGUACCAAUUUUAAUGGAGGAGGAUUCAAGGAAAUUGGAAGACGUGACAAUCAAAGAGGAGAUACCUAAGAGAAAUGAACCUGAAGAGGUUUUAGGGAAUGAUGAUUUGAAGAGAUAUGCUGAUGGAAAUGAUCAAUGUGAAGAAAGGAUUAGUGGAUCAUCGCCUAAUUCUAUGAAUAUUGAUAAUUUUGAAAACCAGAAUGGUGAGCAUUCAAAGAAUGAAAUGGAGAAAGUUACAGCAAUGAAUGAGCUUUUAGAAAGCAAGAGUGAUAUGAAUAAUGUAAACGAAGAGGGUACUAGCAUGUCUUCUGUAAUACUUAUGAAUAGUGAAGGAGGUGCGAUUGAUUCGUUGCCAAUCAAUGACAGUACUAAGGUGGAGAAGGAGAAGCCUAUGAGGAGGUUUACUAGGUCAUUGUUGAAGCCAAAGAUGGAGAUAGGGCAAGAAUAUGCUGUUAAAGAUAGUUCAAGUGCUGCUGAUGAUGCAGGUAGUCCAUCUGCUGCUUCUAAUUCCGGUACAAUGUUGAAAGUAUGGAAGAAUGAUACAUUAAAGAAGUUCCCAACAAAGCUGAAGGAUCUUCUUGAUUCGGGUAUACUAGAGGGACAACAAGUGAAAUAUAUGCGAGGCUCCAAGGCAAGAGGGGCUGGAGAGACAGUAUUGCAGGGGGUUAUCAGUGGAUCAGCGAUUCUGUGUUUUUGUCGCAGUUGCAGAGGAAAUGAAGUUGUUACACCUAGUAUAUUUGAGGUGCAUGCUGGCAGUGCAAAUAAACGUCCACCAGAGUAUAUUUACCUAGAGAAUGGGAAUACACUUCGUGAUGUGAUGAAUGCUUGCAAGAAUGCAUCAUUGGAGACUUUGGAUGAAGCUUUGUGGCUUUCUACUGGUUGUUCAUCAUUGAAGAAUUCUACAUUCUGUCUGAAAUGCAGAGGGAAACUUGCUGAGGCCAGCACUGGAAGAUCAAUGACAUUAUGCAGUCAAUGCAUGGAGCUAAAAGAUUCUCAAGCUAGCAUACCAGCAACAACAGAUACGGACAAAGGGACACCAAAAUCACAUCCUGUUUCAAAGUCAUCUGAUAGUGUGUUAAAGUGUAGCACUUCACGGAGCAAGAGUCAGGGGAGACUUACAGUAAAGGAUUUGCGGAUGCAUAAGUUGGUUUUUGAAGAGGAUGUCUUGCCGGAUGGAACUGAAGUUGCUUAUUAUUCUCGAGGACAGAAAUUGUUGGUUGGAUACAAAAAGGGCUUUGGCAUAUUUUGCUCAUGCUGCAAUACUGAGGUCAGCCCCUCACAGUUUGAAGCUCAUGCUGGCUGGGCAUCCCGUCGAAAACCCUAUCUGCACAUUUACACAUCUAAUGGGGUGUCUCUUCAUGAGUUGGCAAUAUCACUAUCCAAAAGUCGGAAGUUCUCUACGCAUCAAAAUGACGACCUCUGCCAGAUUUGUAGAGAUGGUGGGGAUCUGUUGUGUUGUGAUGUGUGCCCAAGGGCUUAUCACAAAGACUGUCUUGCUCUCCCAGAAAUUCCAACUGGUAGAUGGUAUUGCAAAUUUUGCCUGAAUAACUUUCAGAAAGAAAAGUUUGUGGAACAUAAUGCCAAUGCAAUAGCAGCAGGCAGAGUUGCCGGGGUUGAUCCUAUAGACCAGAUAACAAGGAGAUGCAUUCGUAUUGUCAAAACGAUGGAUGCUGACUUUGGUGGAUGUGUUUUUUGCAGAGGCCAUGAUUUUGACAAGAUAUUUGGUCCUCGUACUGUUUUACUCUGCGAUCAGUGUGAGAAGGAGUUCCAUGUCGGCUGUUUAAAGGAUCACAACAUGGAGGAUCUAAAGGAGUUGCCCAAAGGGAAUUGGUUCUGUUGCUCAGACUGCUGUAGAAUUCAUUCUGCUUUGGAGAAAUUGGUUCUUCGUGGAGAAGAGCGGCUUCUAGAUUCUUCUCUAAAUCUUAUAAACAAGAAAGUUCAGGAAAAAUGUGCAGGGAUUGAUUGUAGCAAUAUUGAUGUGAGAUGGAGGCUUCUGAAUGAUAAAAUAAACCCUGCUGGUGACACUGCAGCAUUACUAUCUGAAGCCCUUGCUAUUUUACAUGAACAAUUCAAUCCUAUACUUGUAGCUGGAACUUCUAGCAAAGCUGACCGUGAUCUCAUCACAUCAAUGGUUUUUGGAGAUAACCUCAAAGGACAGGAGUUUGGCGGCAUGUAUUGUGCUGUAUUAAUGAUCAACCAAGCGGUAGUGUCGUGUGCAAUCAUUCGUUUUUUUGGGCUGGAGUUGGCAGAACUUCCUCUAGUUGCAACCAGUAGUAAAGCACAGGGAAAGGGUUACUUCCAGGCCUUGUUUACUUGUAUCGAGAAGCUACUUGGGUUUCUCAAUAUAAAGAAUCUUGUACUUCCAGCAGCUGAAGAAGCUGAAUCCAUCUGGAUAAACAAAUUUGGCUUCAGAAAAUUAACCCAUGAAGAGUUUUUGAAAUUUAGGAAGGCUUAUCAAAUGAUGGUCUUUCAAGGAACAUCAAUGCUUCAUAAGCCAGUCCCCAAGAUUCGGAUUGUUGGUCGAUCAGAAGGCGGAUGAAAUAUUGGAUGGAUGGAUGCUAACAUUUAUUUUUUCUUUUGUUUUUUCUUUUUCUCUUUCUGGAUUUUGUGGAAGUGGGGAAAGCAAAUUUUUGGGAGGUGUUUUCCUUCAUGUACAGCAGCAUCUGCUUUCUUUGGUUGGAAUUUAGUGUACAGGAUAUUUGUAGAUGAUGUUAAUAGUUGAAGGUCAUAGGCAAAACUUGAAAUUCUUUUUGUAGAAGGAAAUCAGAGAAGGAUCAUAGACAGUUGAUAGGUAUAUAUGCAAGAGUAGUAACUUGCAAAGUUUUGAAAUAGCUGAAAACUAGUAUAUGGAAAAUGCCAUUUGUGAGUGGAAUUGCUUAAAGAAAUAUCAAUGUUACUUGAACAAUUGAGACACAGUUUCUGAAUGAAUCAAUGGGAAUUGUAUA